CGUAAUUAUAAAGUUAUGGAAUAAUGUAUAAUGUGAUUCGGUAACUAUAUAGUUGCGGACUACUGUAACUGCUUUGCCCAAAGACAGAUUACAUGCACUGUGGUGUGAAGUUUCGUUUUAUGUAAUUUGUGAUCUGUGGCUCUGAUGCUCUGAUUGAUUAUGGUAUUUUAGUAAACAUAAACAAACCAAAAUUUUAUAACAGCAGCUGUUAGUAGCACUAUUUCACCAUGUUAGAGUAGUAGUAAUAUGUACUACUAUAUAAUAGAUUGGUUGAAAUAUAUUUAUGAUGAAAUCAGAUAAACCCAUGAUCAAACACUUUGAUUGCAAUAUAAUUUUAAUUUCUGCAGUCAAUAAUCAACAUACGUCAUUUUAAACGUCAGUGAUCUAAAAAUAACAACUACUUGUUGAUUCUCAUUGUUAGAUGUUACAUGUUAUUCAUAAACUAGCGGUACUGAAAUCUAAACAGUAAUCUCAAGAGUUUUGUAUAAUGCAAAAAAAUCCAGUUCAACAAUGGAUUGACACAAUUCCUCCAGUUGAGUCAAACCCAACUACAGGGCCGAAUUCACAAAAAAAGAACCCGCAGAAAUCAUUAUCUAGAGAUUUUUCAUUCCAAUCUGACGACGGCUCCAGUUAUUGUUCUAGUGUGGAAUCUGUUUUGGAAUUGAGAAAGCCUGAUCCAGAAACAGUUUUAUUGGAGUUGGGAUUUGGUCCCAAGAAAAGUUCUCAAGUUAUUAAUCGCAUACCUCCUCGGUUUUUACAACCCUCGAAAUUAUUACCUCAUAUAGAUCUGAAUAAAUUUUUGGAAGAAUACGGAGGAAAAAUGCCAGAACCAAGGUCCUUUCAUCGAAGUCCUGCAAGAACAAGACCAAGGUCGAGUUGAUUUGAAUGAAUGAUAACUUGAACAAUUUAUUGAAAAUUGUACAGUUUGCUCAAUGAAAAUUAGUUGUUAACUUGGUGGAUUAUGAAAAGUCACUGUUGUAUAUAAUUUUACAGUUGCAAAGAUUCUCCUUCAAUAUUUUUUCCUAAUAUAUAAGUAUGAACGAAAGUGACCCUACCCAGUGCAUUAUGGUUUUAAAUUUUAUGCUUGUUUUCUAAUUUUAGUUCCUAUGUAUGAUAUGUUUUUGUUACCAUGAUAUUUGUUUUAUGAUAUGUAAAGUUUACACAUUUAUACUUAUUACUCAACACCUCUUUGUGACUUUUCAUUAAUUUGUUAAAGAUAUAUUUAGAUUAGGUAUUCUGUGUGUGAUAGUAUUUUGAAAGUGAUUUAUUUUUAUAGUACCUCUUAAUGAAUCUAAUUCUAUUUAAAAUUGUUCUAUAUUUCUUCGAAUGUUUCUUGUUGGUUUUUGAACAUUGAACCUUUCGCAAUCUGAAAAAUAAACAUAGGUAUAUUAACAGAGAAUUUGCUCAAGCUUAAUGAAGAGUUCAACACAAAAGUUACUGUGUUAGUGAAGAUUCUCCACUAUUUGAAUUCCUUGUUUAACCGCUGGAUUCACUUUCUGAACUCCACUGCCCUCUUGGGACGGGAAGCCGACCUUAUAUAUCGGUAACGAUCGUUCUAGAAUUCGGAAGUCGUUUCGGUACUCAACUAGAGUUUAACCGGCGGUUGCCGACUGCAUUCCUUUUGCGGUGAUGUCAUGUGUUUCUUCGCUGGCUGACAUAUCGAUCAUAUCUAGAUUUAGCUCUGUUAACUUUUCAUAUUGUGGAAGGAUAAAUGCUCAAACAGGAAGAAAAUUUACUCCUCCAUAAAAAAUGUGUUUCAAAGAAUACUUUCUUCAAAUAUUUUGAUAGUAGAUAUUUUUGAGUAUAGUAAAUGAAUCAAAUUCAUUUCGUUGAAUAUCCAAAAGUUGAAAUAGUUGAAGAAGGUAUAUAAUGCAAGAGAUAAUUUUAUCGGAGAUAUAACUCGAGAAAGGGCAAACCAUAUACACGUGUUUUGGGAUUUUGAUGCAUCAUCAGUAUGGCACAGCCAAGUGCAAGGAUAGACAAUACUUGAUUACUAAAAGAAGUACAAAUGAACGGAACCACCAGCAGAAGCACAUCUGUAAUUUCAGUUAAUAGAUCUUGUUUAUGAGAGAACUACUAAAAUUACCACGUGAAACAACAAAUUUAAGGCUGGCUUCUGCUGAUUGCUUCGUGCACCUGUACUUCUUUUGGAAACCAAGUGUUGUCCAACCUUGCACUUGGCUUCACUUUACUGAUGACUGGCCAAAAGUCCGAAACAUGAGUGCAAUGUUCGAUAUAUAUAGUUUCUGACUAAAAAUGUAUAGGUACUCUGAUGCGUCUCUCGAUAUCUACUUUUUUUAUGUUAUUCCAAUUUACAUUCCUGAAAAUAUAUAUUCAUUGUUAUUUGAGUUGUUUAUUUACAAUUUUUUCAUAUUUAAACAUAUUUGAUGUAGAAUUUGAAAUUUUAUUAUUCAGAAUCUCUCGAAGCAAUUUUCUGAAACUUCACAAUUUGUAUUCCAUCCAACAUUAUUUUCGUGGUCCAAAUAAAGGAUAAUAAUGUC